UCUCAGCGGGGGGUUGGUUGUUGGAAGCUGCCAAAGGCAACAUUACCAGUCUGGAAAAGACAGAGGAAUCCUUGUUCCAUAACUCAAACCAGACUCUGGGUCUCGUCGUUGCUCUGUCAGAUAUCUCCCAGUCCACUCUCACUCCCUCACUCCACCCUCAAUCUCUGACCUCUGAGAGAGAACUUCCCUAAUCUCUGAUUGUUUUCCAGAACAUUACCGAAGCGUUGGGAAUGUGCUUACUCAAGGCUCGAUGGUGAACCGCAACGCUGCUUGGAGCAGGCCAGGCUUCUUGCCGCUUAAAUUGGUUCAAUGUGUUCGCCAGUUUAUCAUUUAUAACCUCGUCCAUACAAAUACGGCCUGUGAGUCAUGCAAGAAUGAGUGUGUAGGCGCUUUCCAAGUCAGUUCCUUUCUGAAGUCAUCCUGACUAUGCCCUACUCCUACUCAUUACAGCUCUGAAGCUUCACGUUCUCCCAGAAACAUUCUGCAAAAAUGGACUAUAAACUGUAAAGGAAUUCACCCACUCAUCUACAGUCACUCAGUCUGAGCAUCUGAUGUCUAAUUUUGUUAAAGUGCAAAAGGUGAAUACAGGGGCAUCUCAGAAAAGUAGGACAUCGUGGGAAAAGUUCAUUUUUCCCCGUGAAUUAAUAAAAAAAAAGUGGAACUUUCAUAUGUUCUAGAUUCAUUACACAUAAAGUUAAAUAUUUUUGAUUGUUUUAAUCUUGAUGAUGACGGUUUACAGCUCAUGGAAAUCAAAAAAUGCACUAUCUCAAAAUAGUCGAAGGGCGGAACCAUUGUCAGCAUGGAAUGUGUUUCCACACGGAACUGUUUUGGUGCAUAACGUGAGCAAAUCGUGCACCGCGCUGUCAAGAUGUCCGUCCUGACAAAACACGUCCUUACAGCGUUUUGCUCCGGUUUGUGUUUUCAGUGCGUUUCUCUGUAGACCGGGCUCUCCAGCGAGACGAUGAGUUUCCUGCGUAACCGUGCGGUGGUGCUCGGCCUGGUGCUGCUCUUCACCGUGCUGCUGUACCUGCUGCUGCCGUCCUCCAUCAGACAGAGCAACACUGAGCCGUCUUUGGCUGUGCAGAGGUCACAGAGGCUCAUCUCAGCUUCUCCGUUACCCAUCAACAUCACCGUUCGCACGGGACAGAUCCCCAGCGACCCGCCGCUCUUCUUCAGAGAGGCCCUGCCUGUGGACUUGUCCGGGAGACAGGUCCUACCCAGGCUGCAGGUGGUGCUGCUGCACGGUCAGGCCUUCACCUCCAGGACGUGGGAGGAGCUGGGCACGCUCAGUCUGCUCGCCGCUAACCGAUACCAGGCGCUGGCUCUGGACCUGCCAGGUUUUGGGAAGUCUCCAGCGUCAGAGUCGGUGAAGUCUGAGCGGAGUCGUGUGGAUCUGUUGAAGCAUUUCCUCGAGGCUCUGGGAGUUCGCGCUCCGGUUCUCAUCACUCCAUCUAUGAGCGGUCACUACGCUCUGCCCUUCCUGCAGAGGUUCAGUGAUCAGCUGCGAGCCUUCAUCCCCAUCGCACCUGUCGCCACCCGAACACUCACUCCACAGCAGUACCACGACAUCCAGACUCCGACUCUGAUUGUGGUUGGAGAGUUGGACACUAAUCUGGGCUCUCAGUCUCUGAAGAACCUGCAGCAUCUCCCUCAUCACUCGGUGGUUAAGCUUGCAGGAGCACGACACGCCUGUUACAUGGACAAACCGCGAGAGUUCCACCAGGCGCUGCUCCACUUCCUCAACACACUCGAAUAACACAAUGGGCGUGGGCGUGGGGGGGGGGACAUUAUAACAACAAUUACGGUCCUUUAAAACAUUGAGUUUAUCUGAAAUUUAAAACAGACGCAUCACCUCAAGUGUAGUGCCAUUUAAAAAAAAUAGUGUGAUGAUUUUGCUCCUGUGUGUGUGAGAUGAACUAUGAAAGAGACAGAUGGGAGGAGGUGAAGAAGAGAACGUAAUGUGAAAAGAUGGCCAUUUCACCUCAAAGAUUUUCAGUACAGCUUUUAUUCUGAACGCACAGCUUGUUCAUGACAUAGUGCUCUAGUCAGAAUGACUCUUUUUCCUUUGGUAUCACUUCGCCCCCGUAGACCAUGCCCCUUUUAAAGGCCACGCCCCCUCCUGUCCCGUCAAAAUUGUAGUGAAAUCUGAAAUGCAGACGAUAAAAUGUGUGAACAGACUGUCGCUGCUGCUUUAUCUGAAUUUGCUUUUUGUUUUUUAAUGCUUUUUUUUUUUUUUUUGCUUAAGGAUUAAUGAAAAUUUUGGGUGUGUUUUUACAGAAUUUAGGGACCUGACAUUUUCAACAGAUUGAAUACUUUGGAGAGAAAACCAGGGAUCGUUAAUUUAAACAAGUCUUCAGCUUGUUUGAGGUUGAUGAGGUGAUCUUCUCCCACGCACUCUGUUCAGUCUGUGAUGUUUUUUUUUAACAUUUCUCGAGUGAAACCCGUGGUGAGUGUUUUGAGCCGCUUGCUUCAGGACGCACCACCACCUUCUGGAACUCUUGACAAUCUGAACCUGUCAAUCAGGGCUUGGUUCUGGUCUCCGGUGCAGCUUUACAAUGCUUUGUGUGCAUGUGAAAAUCCUUCAUAUGAUGUUCCUUUAACUCUCUCUUGGUUUAAAUGGGUGGUCUCCCUUGUAGGCCUGCUUAAACGUCUCUAAAGUUUUCCGUUAAAUGCACUUUACGGUAAAGCAGUGCAGUUCCACUCUGUGUAUUAAGUUGUGACGUGGUUAUUUAUUUCUCGCAAGCAUUUUAAUUUGAGUAUGUGUGUACAGUCUGUGUGUACAGUCCAUCAGAUGUGGGUUGUUGCUUGUAAAUAGAAAAGAGCUGAACAUUAUUAAAACACUAAAUUAAAUCAAAUAAAAGUAGCCUUAUCGGCAUGAUUGUGCCACGA